AUGAAAAUAAUCCUGUUCCACUGCCUUACUUGUUGCAUUCUUCUGCUGCCUAUUAAUGGUGAGUGGUCUUCAUUAAACCUUAUUUACAUGGGCAGAUCCAGGCUUCGGGAUGGGGAGCUUCUUGGGCAAAAAGACCAUAAACGGGGCCCCAGCUGUAACCCCUAUUUUUUGCUAUCAGGCUUUCCUCUGCAGUUGACCCGUCUCAGCUACAGAGGCAUAAUGUGCAUAUGGGUCUCUGUUUCCACUCCCCCUCCUGCCUCCAAAGUGGGUCCUCCUGACUUCUGUGGACCCAGGGCCACCACCCAGCUGACCCACGACAAAGCCCCCAGGUUGGAGCCCUACAGUUCCUUCUGUAGCGAUUAUCCGCCCUUUCUUUCUGCUUCCAGAAGCUAGGAAUUUAUCAUGUGCAAAGUGCGACCUUGGAGAGGCCACAUGCAAGAUGAUUCAUUGCCCGCAUAAAGAACUAGUGUGUGUUACCCUAUCGACGUUCAACACGUUAGGUGGGUGCAAUUGUUGGCAAAUGCCGUAGGUACUCCCUGAGUAGGCUUCUGGUCCUUCUCCACUAGGGAGGAAUGAGUUCAAAUCCCUGCUCAGCCUCAGCGUUGGUUGGGUGAGUGACUUAAAGCCGUAAGAAGAGCCUGCUGGAUCAGGCCAAUGGCCCAUCGAGUCCAGAUUCCUAUGGGAAACCAGAAAAAAGCACAAGAGCACUCUCCCGCUCCUUUGGUUUCCUGCAACUGGUAUUCAGAAGCAUUGCACCCUACUAGGAAAGCUAACCGACACGAGCAUGAGGACAAGCAAAGGAGGACCCCUUCACCCCGGUGUGGCUCCCCUGUAUCACAUAUACAACACAACAAGGCAAUGACCUGUGCCCCACAACAGCAUAUGCAUCGAUAUGGCUAAUCUGACCCAACAACGCCCCUGCCUGGCAUACAUACAAAGAAACUACACUGCAACCAACCAGACACAACUAUCCAAGCUCUGGACCCCAUAAUCUCUUGCAAUGACAAUAAAAAUGAACAAAUUUAUAAAUAAAGGACCUACCCGUGUGAUGCUGACACAAAGACCCUGCACAGGCAUUAUGCAAUAGAAUGAAAGAUCAUUAUUAUCCCCCCAUCUCUCUCCCUCCCCCCACUCCCCUCUCUUUUCCUCCAAUGCCACAGUGUCUGUGGCAAUAGUGUCUGAUGGCACUCUCUGAAUGGAAAGUGGAGGUGCUAUAUGUGUUUGUUUAUUGGUUUUGUGGCACAAAAAAGCUGCAGUAAAAACCAAUGGAAAGAUGAUGAUGAAGAAGAAGCACAAUCUGCUUCCGAUUGUGGAGCCAGAGCAUAGCCAUUAUGGCUAGUGGCCAUGAAUUUGCCUAAUCCUCUUUUAAAGCCACCUCAUUUAGUGGCCAUCAUUGCCUUCUGUGGGAGCGAGUUCCAUAGUUUUAACCACGUGCUGUGUGAAGGUGUACUUUCUUUUAUCCGCCCUGAAUCUUCCAAACAAUUUUGUGAAGGAGAAGCCUUUCAGCGGUUGCUGACUCUGAUGGGAAUGUUCUACCUCCUCUGUCGGUGUGAUCCUGAAUUCUAGUUGCUGGAAACCUCAGGAAGGGAGGGUGCUCUUAUGCUCAGAGCCUGCUUUCAGGCUUCCCAUAGGUUUUGCCCUGUGAGAGCAGGAUGCUGGGCUACACGUGCCAUUGGUCCGAUCAGAGAAGGCAGUCCCUGCUGAUAGGCUUUUGAUCCAAUCAACAUGACAUUUCUCCCAUGCUCAGGAGGAAUAGUCACAUCCUCUUUUUCUCCAGGCAGAGGUGUCAGCCCCACUGGAAUGUACAAAAGCUGCAUCAACCGCAGUGCCUGCAAACCAGGAGCCUUCACGCUGAGCACAUCCACGGAGAGGCAAAUCCGGAGCAACAUAGCCUGUUGUGGAACUGCUGGAUGCAACGAAGAACUGGUUCUAAGUAGUGAGUGUUGAUUGAGCUUGCAGAGUGUUUCAAAGCGGUGUGUGUGUGUGUGUGAGAGUGUGUGUAUGUGUGCUUUUGGUAGCUUCCCUCUUGAGGACAGUGGUGGGCCAUGAGGUUCGAGUUGGCAGGUUCAUAAAGCAACCCUAAUGUGGAUGCAAAUCUGCAAUGAGUGACCUUGAACCAGUGACCUAAGGGAGUUCUCAAAAGACGUCUCCCCCCCCCCAUGAGCCACCAUCCAGAUCUGGCCAAAGAAGGGAAUUUAUUAUAUUAUAAAUGCAAGGAAAUAUUAUUAUUUAAAUGCAAAAAUUGAUCUGUGAAUUUAAUUUUAAUAUAGUUCCAAAGAUUAUAUAAAUAUAUCUAAAUAGUUGCACAAUGAAAGAUGCACAGUUUCCUGUUUGUACUCAAUAUGCCAUUGAUCAGGCUUCCUCAACCUUGGCCCUCCAGAUGCUUGGCCUACAACUCCCUAGUUAGCGGGACGUGGUCAGGGAUGAUGGAAAUUGUAGUCUCAAAACAUCUGAAGGGCUGAGGUUGAAGAAGCCUGCCAUUGAUGAAGCUACAAUGCAUUCUGUUCUCCUAGUUAAACUUCCUGAUCUGCACUCCCAAAUAAUACCUUAUUUUAUUAUACUUCUAUCAAUAAAUAUGGGUUUGCUGACUCCUGUCCUUUAUUAUUCCAAUACAAGGCAAACCUCACAUCGCAGGAAAGAAAGGAGUCAUGUACAUUUUUUUGGAUUUCAGGGCUGUGUAACAACAAAAAUUAAUGCCACAGUUCAAGAACCAAAGCAGGACCCCACUAAAAUCAAGCAGCGAACAGACCCCUUGAAAGCAGGCUAGGAUUUGCAACUGGUUAAAAUGCCCGGGUAAAUAAAAAAACUGUAUUUUCCUGAUGCUAAAAAGAUAGCAAGGAAGGUGGCAUGCAAAUCUCGUUGGGGUGAGUGUUCUGCAACUGGUACCUCUGCUGAGAAGACCAUCUCCCAUGCCACUGAAGAGCAUUUGUUUGGUGAAGGAGGCUUUCGGAGAAGGGUCUCAGCAGAAGACCUCAAUUCAUGGAAAAGUCCUUAGUUCAGUGGUAGACCACUUUCCUUGCAGAAGGUCCCUGGUUCAACUCCUGGCAUCUCCAGGAAGGACUUGGGAAUGUCCCCUGCCUGGAAUUAGAACUGUGUGAUAUCUGGUCUUCAACAUCACGAUAUAUCACCAGCUAAACAUAGCAACAUACCGAUAUUUCCUGACGUCUGAAAUAAGGAUGGAGCUAUGUAGAGGCAUUAACUGGCUUCUCGGUUUUCCCCACAUUGAGAUUUUUGCAUAACUCACACAAAUCAUGAUUCGUGAUACAUCAUGAAACCAAUAUCCUGAUGUGGACUUCAAACCAGUUUGGGACAAUCUAUCACCCAGCCCAAGCUGGAACCCUGGAGCACCUCUGGCAGUCAGUGCAGUCAGUGCUAAGCUAGAUGGUGCAAUGCUCUGACUAUAUGAGGCAGCUUCCUAUAUCUGCAGACACUACUGGUCUGUUGCAGUUUGGGCUUUUUUCAUGCCCCCUGGCACUGUGUCCUUCUCAGGCAUCUCCAGACAUGCCUAAAACCCCAGAGAGUUUCUGCCAAUCAGUAGACAAUCCUGAACUAGAUAGACCAGUGGAUCUGGCUCAUUCUUGGGGGCAACCUGGCCCAUGGAGUGUCAUGUGUUGGAGGCGAUCGGUUCUCAUUGCCGGUCCACCUGCAACGUUCUUCCCUAGCUGAAGCUUCCAGGCCAGAUCCAAGGGCAGCCCCAUAUAGAGUAUGCUGCAGUAAUCUAGCCUCGAGACUACCAAAGCACAGACUACAAUUUACGUGGGUUUUAGGUUCUGGGGAUCACAGCUAAAGCCAAAAUUGCAUAUGGUCAGGACACACUGAGUUCAAUGGCAGGUGGGAUUGCCAGAGUCUCUUUUCCCUCCCCCUAUUAUUAUUAUUAUUAUUAUUAUUAUUAUUAUUAUUACAAGGCUCAUAAAGCUGAAAGUGCACAAGUUAAAUGUGCAUACGUUUGGGGCUUACUGUGUUUGCUUAGCUCCAUGGGCUGAGUCCGUUUCAUCAGAGCUACCUCUCACUGCCCGCACUCACGUGAGAUCUUCCUCUGAUUGUUUUCCAGUGACUCCUGCGAGUUCUACCAAAAACGGGUUGACUUGCCCAGGGUGUGAGAGUUUUAACCGGGGCCCUUGCCAGGCCCACGAGCGCGUCGAAUGCACCGGAAUCGAAGAAAAGUGCAUUUCCCUUGUUGGGCUAUACGCUGGUAUUUCUUCACACACACACACACCCUGCUGUUACUGGGAGCUUUCCAAGGAGCUUUGUUGAAAGCCCUUAAAGAUGGCUUCUGCCUUACCCUUAAUUUUCCCCUUUUCCACCUGGGUUGUGGGUGGAAAGUAGGAUGAACCUGGGAGGGGGGGCAAGGAGGAAUCUUUUAUCCACAGCCCUUAGCUUGUGAAAAAGGCAACAGGACUCUGUGAGACUUAGGUCAAAGCCACACCCUGCAUUUCAAGAACUCUUGUACCACUUUGACAGUCGCAAUGAGUCUUUGCAACUGUAGUUUGUUAAGAGUGCUGGGCACUGUAGCUCUUUGGGGUCAAUAUGCUUAAGAAACUACCGUCCCCAGGAUUCUUUGGGGGAAGGUACAACUCUUAAAGUGGCAUAUGCAUGUGUUAAAAGUAAAGUAAGGAGUGGAUGUGAUUUCACUACACACCCUCAAAUUGACUUUAUGAUCACUGGACACACUUAUGACCACCACUCUGUGUGUGUGUGUUUAAAAAAACAGUCACCCCAUGUCCCUCUUUCCCUCCUACUACCAAACGGUAAGGCUGGGAUGAAACUUCUCCAGAAAGAAUGUCCAAAUCAAAAUUAAGGAUGGGAGGCAAGUGUAGACAGGGAAUAGGCUUCCCAAAACUUUGCCCAGCCUAGUACUUUUCACCACAGACAACACUUCCAGGGGCUGGUGCAUGCCAUUUCCCCCACAGAAAUCUCAGAAGUCCCCUCAGAGUGACUAUUAUUCUUUUCUUUUAAGUUUUAGAUCUCACCUUCCUUUUAUUUUCACUUUAUCAUUAUUUUUGCUUCCUGUCCCAUCUUCCUUUUCUUCCUAUAUACAUAUAAAAGUAAGGCUGUCAUGCUGUAAUUUGCACGGCCGCCCAUAGGCAGCAUGAUGACAGAAUGAGAGGCAGGAAGUGACGAAGGAAGCAACACGGGUGGUAGUGGCCCAGGUGAGCUGUUUAAAGGGGCUUCAGAGAGAAGUUGGACAAACUGCUGUCUUCCCAUCGCUGCAGCCGCACGACCCCAGUAAGCGAGAUUUUGGAGGGGAGGCAGGGGCAACAUUUUCCCAUUUCGCCUCAGGCAAUGAAAUGAGAGGGGCCAUCCCAGAAAGAGCUCCAGGUCCAUUCCUGCUCUUUCUCCCGCACUUGGCUUUCUAAGUCUAUCUGCUUUCCAAACCUAUGCUUCACCUCUGGCUGCUGCCUUCUCCCUGACUUCUUCCCUCUUUUAUAGUAUGCUGUUGGGGGAACCUGUGAGCUGUGAGGCUCUGCAGACACCAGAUUCAGCUGGGUCAAGCCCCCACUGCAAUUAGACUCUGACACAAACCGUCAUAUACAGGGGAAAACAAGCUAGGUUAGAAAGGGGACCUUCUCUUCCUCUCAUUUGCUCCUCUCUCUCUGCAGGUUUACCGGAACAAAACUUCUCCGUCAAAGGCUGUGCAACUGAUUCAGCUUGUUCCUUGGAUGUAAAUGACCUUGUGCCCUAUGCAGGAAAACUCUACAUUGUGACUGAGUAUGCAGUUUGCACUGAUGGGCAAACUGAGGAUUAUGUCCCUUCUGCAGCCAUCCAGCUAACUGGGUCCCCCUUUGUAAACGUUAUUGCUUUCUUGAGUUUCUCUGUGUUUGCAUCCUCACCUGUGUAACAAUCCUAUGUGCCGAGGUAUCGAGAAUUAUAACGUUACGUUUUUUCUUACUCAUGAUCAGUGUCUUCAUCUUUUUUCUUCAAGGAGGAAUGCACUAAUUUUCAGCAUGAACUUCCAUUCCUCCAUAUUUCUCUAAAAUCUCUAAAACCUUACACUUGCCUGCCAAGGCCCCGUGACCUCGCUGCUUCCUAGAUAAUAAAUUACCAGACAAGACAGCAGCAUAUAGUUUGGGUUCAAAUAGGCCACAACUUUUAUCAAGUACAGAUGUGAAAUGUUUGGCAUUGGGUGAAGCCAUUUUUCCCCCCUCAGACCAUCUGUUAAAGUGCAUCUAGGGGUACUCCUGAGAGGGUCCCCAUUAGAGGAGUGCUUGGAUGCAGGUGGCACUGUGGGUUAAACCACAGAGCCUAAGACUUGCCGAUCAGAAGGUCGGCGGUUCGAAUCCCCGUGACGGGGUGAGCUCCUGUUGCUCGGUCCCUGCUCCUGCCAACCUAGCAGUUCAAAAGCACCUCAAAGUGCAAGUAGAUAAAUAGGUACCGCUCCGGCGGGAAGGUAAACGGCUGGACCUAAUGAUCAAGAGUCCCUUUACCUUUACUUUACGGACCUAGCUGCCACCUGGGCGUCAGACAGAUGCAACUCCUUGCGGAUCCCUUUAUAACGGGAUAGCCUUAACCAAGGUGGGGCAGGCAGAGUCUACAGCCUCCCCUCUAGCCAAGACUAAGGCUUACCCAAUGCCUAAUGAUUGAUUUGAGUUAGGUGAAAGCCAGUUGGCCGGUGCCAACUGCCAGGUAAAAAAAUCCCUGUCCGGCCCUGAAUACAGCGGCCCACGAGGUAAAGAGCAAGGUCAUAGCUUGAAAGGAAAAACGUAGGAUAAAGGGAGGCAGGGUGGGAGAUGUAAUGAAAAAACAGGCAGUAGCAAACAGGAGGAAGAGGAGGACCAAGGGGACCCCGGGGUUAGCCAUGGGACCCUGGCUGGACUGUGGACUUCAGUAGGUACCCAAUGAUGCCAACUGCAGAUGCUGACCCUUCCAGGGGCUACAACCCUGCCAUCAUUCGCAAGAAAGCCAGGGAGCUGUGAUAUGGGAAGCACCAGUGGUUUUUAUUGCCAAGCAGUAAACAAAGCACUUCUGGUUUACGAGUUGGACUACGGACCUAGAGGAAAGGUCUUAAUUCAUACCAGCUGAACAGCAGCAGCAAGGACCAGGGAGCCACUGCAGCUCAGCUCUCUGCGACUGGAGGAGGAGUUGACUGGAGAUGAGUUGAGCCAUCGAUAAAUUCAAUGUCAAGGGAGACGCUCCUUUGGUUCAGCCCUCUCUCGACUGUGCCAGUCCAAGACAUCCCUGAAGCAAAGCCCCAAAUGGAAGGUCCCCCACCUGUUGGGGGUGGAGUUGGGGAACUUCAGGCUCAGGGGAUAAAUGUGGCCCCUGAAGUCUCCCUCUCUGGCCCUCAGAACUCUCCCCUGGCCACGCCCACUCCUGGUACUUCUUUGCACCCCAAGAGCUUUUCCUAGGUGGGACGUGUCCUUGAGCUCUGACGCCUCUUGCUCAUCUAGGUGGAAAAAAGGAAGGGGUGUGCCACUAGGGGGGAAGGAACCAGCCUCCACUACAAAGCUAAAAAAUCCUCUCUCGUGCCCCACCCACACCUGGCAUGUGGCCCUUGGCAGGUUGCCCAGAAGAUAAUGCAGCCCUUGGGAUAGAAAAGCAUCUCCAUCCCACACUGGGGCCAGCUUUAAAAUCUUGCUAUCCUUUUCAUGCACCAAAUCCUGCUUCUGCCCACUAAGGUGGGCAAAUGUCCUGUUUUAAAGAACACGGUCCUCAAGUGGAAGGGCUCUCAGACAGCAGGACUUUUCUCUAACCCUUCAUUGGAGGUUUUAAAGCAGAGGUUGGACGGCUAUCUGUCCUGGAUCACAGAAUCACAGAAUUGAGGGGCUGGAAUGGGUCCAACCCCCUGCAAUGCAGGAAUCUCAGCUAAAGCAUCCAUGACAGAUGACCAUCCAACCUGUGCUUAAAAAUCUACAAGGAAGGAGAGUCCACAAUCUCCCAAGGGAGACCAUUCCACUGUCAAACAGUUCUUAGUGACAUAAAGUUCUUCCUGAUGUUUAGUCGGAAUCUCCUUUCUUGUAACUCAAAGCCAUUGGUUUGAGUCCUACACUCUGGCGCAGGAGAAAACAAGCUUGCGCCAUCUUCCAUGUGAAAGCCCAUGAGAUAUCUGACGAUGUGAGAUGUGUGUCAAAUAAUAUGUAAGAUAUGUGUCAAACGGACCUAAAGGUUUGCAUCGUGCAUCAUGUUUGCCAUAAAUUUUAUUGUCAGAAUCCACCAUUCAUUCCAGGAAGUCCUUGCACCCUAGGAAUGCAUUGCACAACACAAUAAGACAGGCAUCUCCACCCAGUUGCUUUACAGGUAUUUAUACUACACAAUUACUGCAUUUCAUUGGAGCAACUGCCUCAGUUACGUUAUUGCAGACGUUAUCUAUAAAAUGCCCUCUACACAUAAAUUUGGGCACCAGAAGCACUCAAGCUCAGCCUUGUCCCUAGCCCUACCUUUUGACACCAUGGAGCCUCUCCUUGUGCUCUGCCUUCUUUCGCCACUCUUAGUUGCCUCUCAGGAUCCACGUAAGUUAUUUAUCAUUGAUCACAUCCAUUCUCCUACUAUGCUGUUAGGGACAAAAUGGAAGGCCAGGACUUUGGAAUGACAUAUCAACUGGGCCAUUUGAUGCUAAUCUAGGAGGGUUAAAAACUGUCCUUCUUGGGCCUGCCCAUAAAAAGCAGCUCUAGAGUGAGAAACUAGGGUGAUAUCUGCUGUUCCCAUAAAUUCUUCUUGUUGUGAGACUUUUAUGGGUUUGCUGAGAGUUUGUUUGGACCCUGGGUGAGAACCCGGAGGCUGAGGGGAAGGGUGUGUCAGAAGGAAAAUGAAUGUGUGUUUUUGUAAUAUUUUGUUUGUCUGUUUUUGCCUCAGCUUUUUGUACACCACUUAGAUAUAUUUUUAAUAUACUAAGUGGUAUAGAAAUUCAAUAAUCAAUCCACCAGUAAUCAAUCAAGGGCUAGUGUCUGUUUGGAUUUCAAGACUAGCACUUCAGUGGGCGGAUUUGGCAACAAGGAGACUGGUAGUAAUCUGUCUGGAGAUCAAACCACUGCUGUUAGAACAACUGUUGAGCUCGCUGUAUAUUUUAAAGGCAGUGGCUCAAAUAUGCAGUGAGUUUUAUUCAGCUAAGUCCUGCUCAGAGUAUAUCACAACAAAUGAACCUAAGUUAUGUCCACUGACUUCAAUGGGUCUACUCUGAGUAGGACUACCACUCAAGAUGCAUAUGCUGCCUGACAUCUAACCAGCCUAGUGCUGUUGCCUCGAUAGUUUCCUGCUCCCAGUUGUCCUUCUCUUGGCUUUCUCAACAAACUCAACAUGCUGCAGGCGGAACUGGGACUGGCAGAAAUUAUGCCACUUUUGAUGGCAGAGAAAAUGGGUGCUUGCAGUACACCAUCUCUAUACUGCACACAAAUAUCAGCUGUGCAUCUUAAGUUCACAGUAGCAGCAUGUGAAGAUGCUUACCUGAACAGGUCUGGGCUGGAUUGGAGCCAUGGAGUUCCCCAUUCCAUGCUCCUGCCGAGGCAUCUGUAUAAUCCCCACCUUUCCAUCACCGUGUCUCAGUGCCAUCCAAGGAUAACUUCAUGCUUCCAACCCACCACAGGCACCACAGCUACUAGUUUGAUUGGCAGGCUUUCUUCCAAGGAAUAGGCUAGUAUUGUCUAUAUAGCUGCCCAUUCACUGCAACCAUCUAUGGGGUGCCCCCCCCCCCCCGUGUUGCUGCAUGUACUGGAGGCAGUGCAUGAAGGAUAGUUAGACACUUUCCGACAUCGUACACAUUUUGUCGAGCUAAAACCUUUGUUUUAUUCUAUUCUAUUUUUUGCUGACAUUCCUGAAGGAUGCAUAUCUGAUUUCAUUUCUGAGAACUGUUGAACUGUUUAUUGUUAAAGUUUUAUGGCUGUAUGCUGCUAUAAUCUUUAGUAGUUUAUAAUCCAUAUAAUAUAAAGGAAUACUCUUUAAAAAAAAUGGAACAAUGGAAAAUUCCCAACAGAUCUUUUUCAUAUUGGGAGCAAGAACAAGUAAUUUGGAAGUCCAGAUUCCAGGGAGAACACUGAAUGAGUGGAAUUUUUGGAAAGGAUCUCUAAUGAUGACCAGGAUAUGCCAUUGGCAGAGAUGAUAGGAAUUGUAGUCCCAACAACAUCUGGAGGGCCACACAGACUCAUUUCUGACUUGAGCCACCCAAUUAAGAAAAUUAGCAAUCAGUUUAGGCCUGACGAAAGAAGUGCUUCCUCUUGCACAACAAUCCAUAGCCACCUUCUAAAACUCACUGUCACAAGGUUGGGUGGUGUGUACUGCGUUAGAUGGAACGAAAGCAGGAUUAGAUAAAUCCAUGUAGGUUUCUGGCUACAUCACAAACUCAAUGCCAGUAGCUCCAUGCUGCCAUUCAGGCAGGGGAAAGCCAGGAUUUAUUGGCAAUGGUCCCCAGUGGGAUCAGGGGAGCUCACUGCACCCCACUGUGCUGCUCAAGCCCGUGUCUGCCAACUUGAAAGGCAGAUCGGGUGCAACCUGGGAGUGUCCUUGCCAUGGACAAGCCUCCAUCUCUGGCAUGAUUUGCGGUUGGUUCCUCCAUAAUUCGGACAAUUGGCAUGAAUCAAGAGGUGCUCCUGGACUGACAUAUGCUAAUAGGCUACAAUCAAUCAGCUGCCAAAAGGACUGGGCUUGGCUUUUUGAAGGUAGCUGAAUGUUUUCUUAGAAGCUUGAGAAUCCUUACAACAGCCAAGAAAGAAAGGGAGAGGACAAGUUGCUUUGUGCAUUCUUAUGCUUUCUUAUGGUUUUAACUGUGUGCCAAGGAAGAACUCCAGACCGGAAUUUUAAUGGCAGAGUUUGGAUAUGUACUCUGUGAGUUAUUUAUGGCUGCGGCUCGUACACUAGUCUGUAAACAGUGGAAGGAAUGGAAUGUGACCUUGUACCAUCCAGAUCAUGGGUAGCCAAACUAAGGCCUGGGCUGGAACCAGCUCAAUUGCCUUCUAAAUCCAGCCCACGGACAGUCCGGGAAUCAGUGUGUUUUUACAUGAGUAGAAUGUGUCCUUUUAUUUAAAAAGCAUCUCUGGGUUAUUUGUGGGGCCUGCCUGGUGUUUUUACAUGAGUAGAAUGUGUGCUUUUAUUUAAAAUGCAUCUCUGGGUUAUUUGUGGGGCAUAGGAAUUCAUUCAUUUCCAUAUGAUGAUAAUAUGCUUUUUCUUCUUUGCUUCCUAGUUCUUCCCCAAAUUUCUAAAUUCCUUUUUAUUUCUUUUCCAAAUUUUCUCAUAAUUGUCUUUAAAUAUGUUAAUACUCUUGUCUAUCAACUAUGUUCCCAAAUAUUUAAUUUUGUAUGUAUAUUUAUCUCCGUCAUCUGCCCCCUUAUUUUUUCUGAGGUAUUUAACCUCUCCCAUUGUCCUAAUUGUCCUCUCAAGGGGGGGGGGAGGCUCCUCCAAUCACAGAGCCACAGCAGAACUUCUCCCAUUAUAUUUGUUAUGUCUUCACUCUGAUAUACAGUAAUUUUGUUCAGCCUUUACUUUCUUCUUCCAGCCCUUAAGUGUCAACAAGGAAUUGAAGGUUCUGAGGUUUCAGACUGUGCCAGUGGUUUGGAUGCCUGCGUGGUCAUCAAGGACGAGAGCACAAUGUUUGGUAAGAAAGAUGUUGGCCUUACCUGGUGGCAUGCUCCAGUGUUCUAGAGCAGAAUUCCCUUUUAAGCUGAGGGCCACAUUCUGUUUUGAGGGCCACACACCUGACUGGGCAGGGUCAUAAGCAAAAGUGGGCAAAGCAAUAAAUGUAAAUUUUAGCUUGAUAGGCUAGGUUCUGCCCACAAAGACCCAUCUCUCUCUCUCUCUUCCAUCCAGUCAAGGAAAACAAGAAUCAUUGUCAGAUUUCAAUGACAAAUACCAGCCAGGCAAAGACACUCAAGGAGGAUGUAAAACGAAGUUGGUAAGGGGUGUAGAUUGGGCCGGUUCUGAAGGGUCAGAUACAGAAAGAGGUUGCCUUUGGUCCGCAGUCCUGAGGUUCUUCACCAUUGAUCUGGAACUUCCAAAGCUUACUUCAGCAAGAUGGAGGCGCUUGUACUCCAGCAAGCCAUAUUCCCUUGGGAGAACUUGGAACAGAUGGAAGGGGAAGGCAGAGCAGAGACAAUGGAGUUAGGCAGAGAGUGAAGGAUUCUGGGGAAUGGGCUCUCCUGACCAUUUGUCUUUUUUCUCUUCCGGUAAAUAGGUGUCAGCUUCAAUACAAAAUUCUAUGAUUGUGGAAAAAGAAAUUCUUGCGCCAAUGCUUUUGCCAUCACCGUAGGAGACGGGAGAUAUUUGCACCACAGCUCUGCUUGCUGUGCUGAAGAUGGGUGCAACAAAGACUUAGAGUGGGGAGGUAAGUCAUCACCUGCCCCUCUGAUAUCAGAAUUGCAAACCUGGACCCCUCCAGAAGUCCUUUUUAUAGUGCAUUCAGGAUGAUUUGUGCCCAUGAGGCUAUUGGGCCAGUCACACACAAUUCCACUCUCAAUACUGUCUGCAUGUGCAGAGGUAUUGGGCUGGUCAUACUGCUUCAUUUCCAAUCAGUGCACAUCCCAUUACUUCCUGCUGAAAGCCCAUCACCUUUCAUGCCACAAAUGUCCUGGUUUAUUUUCGUCCCACUUCUGUUGCUCCACAGCCCCUCCAGUCAGCAAUAAUGCAGUAGGAAACACCACAGGACAAAUGAAACCAGGAGAAAUCCAUCACCAAUGCAGUGUUAUAGUUUGAAGAACAUGUUGCACAAAUGAACCCGCAAUAAAAGUCUGGUGGGGCCUCGGUUUCAGAAUGAUGAAAACAGCCACAAUUUGCUUUUGAAACUUGGCAGGAACAGGGUGGAGUGGAGGAGGUUUUGGUACCUCCACACCUUUCAUCCUAACGCAAGACAGGAAAGGUGUCAAACCUGUGUCUCUAGACCUCAUUCUUUCAUUCUGACAAAGAAUAUUCUAACAAAGAGCUGGGGGGGGGGAGAGGACUCAGUGGGUGGUUGUGUGAAUGCAUCAGGAAGGCUGCGGCUGCUGUGUCUGUGUGAAGCAGGCCUGUCAAUGAUCCAGCGGGGCUCUUCGGAGAUUCUUAUGUAAAAACUUUCCAUAUAUGACAAUUUGCUUCUUUCUUCUUUGCUUCCUAGCUCUUCCAACUACUUGGACUGAGAAUGGGCUCACUUGCCCAAAAGGAUGUUAUGCUCAGACGGUGAAUGAUUGCGCGAAUACACCAGUCUCAUGCAGAGAUGCUCAAAACAGUUGCAUCAAUGCAACAGGAAGCUCUGGUAACCCUGAAGGGACUUAGCAAGGGAGGAGGAGGGAUUCUGUGGGGUGGGGGUAGCAGGUGGGAGGGGAAUGCUGCCUCUGGAUGAUCCAGAGGUGGACCAACCGUCAGGCAAGAUGAGAUGACUCAGGUGGCAGAACAAGAGACUUGCAGCCCUGACUCUUGGGGAACCAUCUUCCAGGAUGUUCUCUGAUGCAAGCAUCAUUGAAAUGAACAGGUGUUGUACCAGAGCAUGGUGGGAUUGCACCCAUGAUAACGUGCUAAUGGCAUGUGUGCAUCGUUCUUUGGAGUGCUAAAGUGUCAGGAGUGUGUGAUUGAGUCUGGGCCCAUUCACAUAAGUCCUUUUCAUUUGAGUAGAACUUGGGACCAUUCAAUCAAGCUAAAUGUUGGAACAUUCCUGAUGACCAAAAGAAAAUAUUUCUUUGCCCAGUGCAUAGUUAAAUAAUGGGAAUUGUCCCAUGAGAUGUAAUAAUAAUAAUAAUAAUAAUAAUAAUAAUAAUAAUAAUAAAUUUUAUUUAUACCCCACCCUCCCCAGCCAAGGCCGGGCUUAGGGCGGCUAACAACCAAUAAUAAAAACAUGUUGAUUAAAAUACAAUUUAAAAAACAAGAUUAAAAUACAACAUUAAAACAUUAGGAUGCAGCCUCUUCACAGGAGGAGAAAGGAAAAAGAAAGAGGGGGAGGGAAUCAAACUGAUUCUAAGCCAAAGGCCAGGUGGAACAACUCUGUUUUACAGGCCCUGCAGAAAGAAAUCAGAUCCCGCAGGGCCCUGGUCUCAUGAGACAGAGCGUUCCACCAGGCCGGAGCCAGUGUUGAGAAGGCCCUGGCUCUGGUUGAGGCUAAUCUACCGUAUUUUUCACCCUAUAGGAGGCACUGUCCCAUAAGGUGUUUUGGGGGGGGGAACAGUGGCGUAGCGUGGGGGUGCAGGGGGGGCCGGCCGCACCGGGCGCAACAUCUGGGGGGCGCGCGCUCGCACUCGCAGCUCUCUGCCCCUACCUGGCUCACUCACUCUCUCUCACUGCAGUGCUGGCUGUGCAAAUCCGAUCCGAGCCGCUGGGUCGCCGCCCACUGUGGAGGGGGGUGGGUGCCAGGCGUGCGGUGCGGAGAGAGAGCGAGGGACUAUCGGGGGAGGGACAGUGCAGCGGCCGCCCAGCACAGCGCUGAGCGUGGGAGAGAACCACACCAGACCAGGCCAGGCAGCAGCAAGAAGAAGCUGGCAGCGGCGGCAGGUUAGGGGUUAGGGGGCGCAAAUUACUUGCCUUGCCCCGGGUUAGGGGGCGCAAAUUACUUGCCUUGCCCCGGGUGCUGACAACCCACGCUACGCCGCUGGGGGGGAAUAAAGGGGAAAAAAUUAUUUCCCCCCCAGGCGCGGGGGGAAGCUUCCCCCGACCCCAGCCCCCGAACAGGCAGCUCUCUGCAAGCCGUGGGAGCCCAGCGCUGGCUCCCGCUGCUUGCGGAGAGGUCCGCGAAGCCUGGACACGCUGAGCUCAGCGCGCGCAGGCAGUGGCGUAGCGUGGGUUGUCAGCACCCGGGGCAAGGCAAGUAAUUUGCGCCCCCUAAUCUGUGGAUUUUAGUAGGGGCAGAGAGCUGCGAGUGCGCCCCCCCCAGAUGUUGCACCUGGUGCGGCCGGCCCCCCCUGCACCCCAUACGCUACGCCACUGCGCACAGGCUUCAGCAUGCAGGCAACUCUCCGCAAGCAGCAGGAGCCCAGCGCUGGGCUCCCGCUGCUUGCGGAGAGGUGCGCGAAGCCUGGAGAGCGAGAGGGGUCGGUGCGCACCGCCCCCGCGCACUCUCCAGGCUUCAGCGAAAGCCGGCAUUCGCCCCAUAGGACGCACCCACCUUCCCCUUCAUUUUUGGAGGUUAAAAAGUGUGUCCUAUAGGGCGAAAAAUACGAUAACUUCCUUAGGGCCCGGGACCUCUAGGGUGUUGCUGUUUAUGGACCUUAUGGUCUCCGUGGGGCAUACCAGGAGAGGCGGUCCCGUAGGUACAUGAUCAUGUAGUGAUCAUGGCCACCACACUGAAUGGCCUUCAAAAAUGUAUUAGAAAUAUUUAUGAAGGAUAAGGCUGCCAAUGCCUAUUAGCCAAGAGGGCUGUGUUUUACCAGAUGAUUCUGAAUACUAUUGACUGAUAUGCAGAGUUAGCACACAGCUUGGAGGCUUUCAGCUUCUGAAUACUUGUUAGGAGAGGAGGCUUACCUUGAUGCAGUCACACAGAGAAACACUUGGCAUGGAAGAAUAAGUAAUAUGCUUACUUGCAAGCCACAUUGUGAACAUAAAAUAAGGCAGUGAUGGUUGUGAGAACCAAAUAUGCCACCUUGAGUUACGAGGGGUAAAGGUGGGGUCCCUUUUUCAGACAGAAGGUGAUUUUUUAAAAACAACAACAACAAUAAUAAAAAUAAAUUAUGCCUAUGUUCACUGCCCCAGGCUCUUUUGAGAGGGAGGGUAGGAUAUAAAUUCAAUAACUAAAAAAAUUUCCUUCUUAGAGGUUAGAUGCCAGUGAUGGGCGGAGCAGAAUCAGAAGUGGGUGGAGCAGGAAAAAAUUACCGUAUUUUUUGCUCUAUAAGACUCACUUUUUCCCUCCUAAAAAGUAAGGGGAAAUGUGUGUGCGUCUUAUGGAGCGAAUGCAGGCUGCACAGCUAUCCCAGAAGCCAGAACAACAAGAGGGAUCGCUGCUUUCACUGCACAGCGAUCCCUCUUGCGGUUCUGGCUUCUGGGAUUCAGAAUAUUUUUUUCUCUUGUUUUCCUCCUCCAAAAACUAAGUGCGUCUUAUGGUCUGGUGCGUCUUAUAGAGUGAAAAAUACGGUACCUAUUUCGCAUGCUCAACAUAAAGACAUCUUUAUGCUCUGAGUGCUGAGCAUGAUGCAGCAUCAGUGGCUCCUCCCAAGCAUGAGAGAGGUAGAACCACAGCCAUUGAAGCUGCAUGGCACUCAACCACCUCCUGGUGUCGCACGUGUGAUGCGCAUUGCAUGUAUGAUGUCAUAGGCGUGGGACACGUGCAAGGUGUCCUAGGCCCGUGACAUCGUCCGUGUGGUGCGACGCUGGUCCCACACAAUGCUGGGCCCAAGCCAGUGCCUUUGGUAUUGGACCAUUGCCAAUAGGCAUGGGAGGAGCCCCUGACAAGCAGACGAAACUGACUCUGGUUUGGUCCCCAUCCUCUUCCCUGCUCCAUUCUACAAGGGGCAACACUGAGACUGAGGAGGAGGAAGCUGGUGGUCAAGACUGGUUGUGGGGCUGAUGGCUGGCAGGUGAGGGUUGGCUGAAGGCAGACAGAUGUUGAAGGGGCCAUGCCUCAUUUGUUCUACUAGAGCAGGCUUCACUGAUUCCUGCUAUUGAUCAACAUGUCUACCUGCAGGUGCCAGGAAGUUCAUCCUGCUGGGUUGCGGAACAAGCAAUAUGUGCGGUGUAAAGGACUUUGAAUUGAAAAUUGGAGGAAUCCCCUACAAAAUGGAUGAAAUAUCGUGUGACACUCCCCCAACUACUGCAAAACCUCCAGCUCCUGCAUCAUCUACAACUCAAAAAUCAGGUGUAACUCAAAAACCAGCCACAAGUACCAAAACAACAUCAGAGGCUUGCACUCACCAUAUCUUGGGGAAGAAUUCCUUCCUUCUUCUUCUACCCAGUAUCUCCAGCAUUCUCUUCAUGAAGUUCCUCUCCUAAACUCUCUCUCCACGCCAUUCAGCUAGGCAAAGGAAUGGACAAAUCUGUCACAUUCCAGUGCUCUUAGGUUUCUCAUUUUUUAAAAGAACAUUAAAUUCGGUUCUCCACAUUUCUACAGCAAUUUGCUUUUUAAAAAAAUAAAGCUAUUGAAAAUCUGUCCAUGUUUUAGCGUGAAUGUCUCCUGG